AUGGCGUCAAGUUUUGAUCGGUGGGAGAAAGAUCCAUUUUUCUCGGCGGCCGAGGAAGUUCAAGAAUCCGCAGACAGGAUGGAAUCUACAUAUAGAACAUGGAUUCAUGCCAAGAAAGACACUUCCAGUAUGUGGGAUCCCGAGGAACUUCACAGGGAUCUCCGUACAACCCUUGGAACUACCAAAUGGCAGUUGGAGGAGUUUGCGCGAGCUGUCAGGUCAAGUUAUGCUAGAAGCUCAUGUGAAGAUGCAAGAGACAGGCACCAUGAAUUCAUUGUUGCCAUUGAGGACCAGAUUUCCAAAAUUGAAAUCUCAUUACGGGAAGUUGCCCUUUCUGAAGGCAAGGCUUCUCAACCUUGGGUGCGUUUGGAUGAAGGGGAGUGCAAUGAGCUUGCAUUUUUUCUUUCCGGACCAUCUGCAUCUAAAGAGAGGGUUAUUGCUUUGAGUAACGACAGGGAUAGUGAAAACCUACGAGGGACAGAUAAAGAAUCGGCACCAGGUUGUUCGAAGAAUUCAUGUGGUUCAGCCGAGUAUGGUUCCCAGAAGACUAGGGAGGAGAAGCCACACGGGCAUAGGAGGACAGCUAGUGCUAGUGCUGACAUUGGUGUUUGGAAGAUUGCAGUUUUUGACGAUGCAUACUUACCAAGUUCUUCUGCGAUGAUGGUUGAGCAACCUGUACGAAAGAUUCCCAGUUUCUCUGGGUUUAUUAGUUCCAUGGAAACCGCAUCAAAGUUGAAGUGGUCAAAGAAUGGUUUUAGGAAGUGGAAGGCAGUGGACCGUCAUGAAGAUGCUGAUGCUGCAUUGUUGCCAUCUUCUCAGUUGUCUAGGGGCAUCAAUGCUUGUUAUGAAAAAAGUAAGAGUUGUUUGGAUAGUUGCGACGACUGUUAUGAUAAACCAUUGUAUGGCUGGUACGGAGCUAUUCAGAGACAACUUCAAAGGUCUCAGUACUACGUGCAAUAUAGUUGGCCUGCCCGUGUAGCUUUUUGGAUUGCUCUUGUUUGCUUGAUUGUUUUAAUUGCAUUGCGUGCUAUCUGA